AUGCCAAGCACAAAAGAGCCAAAACAAAGAAUGCAACUCUUUUUCAAGAGAUACUAAUAAAGAUUGCAAGCAAAGACUCACUUUCCUCUUGCUUACACUCUUCUCUUACUUGUUAAGUUCUAGCAGUAUUUGUGAAGUGCAUGAACAAAAAAGCAAUAAUUCAAGCUUAGCUCAAUGUUGAAGAUCAGCAUUUUGCUAGUCAUUUUUUCAUUUGUUUGCUCUUCUGUGACUGCCACAGUUUCGUAUGAUGACAAAGCUAUCAUCAUCAAUGGUCAGAGGAGGAUUCUGUUUUCGGGUUCUAUUCACUACCCAAGAAGCACUCCUGAGAUGUGGCCUGAUCUGAUUCAGAAGGCGAAAGACGGAGGAUUAGAUGUUAUUCAGACUUAUGUGUUCUGGAAUGGCCAUGAGCCAUCCCCCGGAAAGUUUAACUUUGAAGGAAGAUAUGAUCUUGUUCGUUUUCUCAAAGUGGUACAGCAAGCUGGACUUUAUGUCCACCUUCGAAUAGGCCCCUAUGUCUGUGCUGAGUGGAAUUUCGGGGGAUUCCCAGUUUGGCUUAAAUAUGUACCUGGCAUAGAUUUUAGGACGGAUAACGAACCUUUCAAGGCAGCAAUGCAAAAUUUCACAGCAAAAAUUGUCGAUAUGAUGAAGUCAGAAAAUAUGUUUGAGCCUCAGGGUGGCCCAAUCAUAAUGUCUCAGAUUGAGAAUGAAUAUGGCUCAAUAGAACGGCAAAUUGGUGCUCCUGGAAGAGCUUAUACAAACUGGUUUGCACAUAUGGCUGUGAGUCUAGACACUAAUGUCCCGUGGAUCAUGUGCAAACAGGAUGAUGCUCCAGAUCCGAUUAUUAAUACUUGUAACGACUUCUACUGUUCAAAACACUCACCUAACAAGCCGUAUAAACCCAAAAUGUGGACAGAACUCUGGACUAGCUGGUUUACAGAAUUUGGUGGUGCAGUCCCUUACAGACCAGUUGAAGACUUGGCAUUUGCAGUUGCCAGAUUCAUACAAGCAAAUGGUUCAUUCGUCAAUUACUAUAUGUACCACGGAGGAACAAACUUUGGUCGGGAGUCUGGUCUCUUCGUCACCACUAGCUAUGACUAUGAUGCACCUCUGGAUGAAUACGGAUUAAUAAGGGAGCCAAAAUGGGGGCAUCUGCGACUGUUGCAUAAAGCCAUCAAACGAUGUGAACCAGCUUUAGUUUCAUCGUAUCCUACAGUUUGGUCACUAGGCAAAAAUUCUGAGGUUCAUGAAUAUAGGUCAAAUUCUGGAGCUUGUGCUGCAUUUCUUGCCAACUAUGAUACCACAUCUUCGGCAAAUGUAACCUAUUCUAAUAUGCAAUAUGAUCUGCCUCCUUGGUCCAUCAGCAUUCUCCCUGACUGCAAGAACGAGAUUUUCAACACAGCAAAAGCGAUUCAUGGUGCUCACAUGAAGAUGAUUCCUGUAGGUGGAGCUUUCCCUUGGCAAUCAUCCAUUGAAGAAGUUCCAACUGCAAAUGAUAGCGAUGCAGUUGCAAUGGUGGGAUUGUACGAGCAAAUAAAUGUCACCAGGGAUUCCACAGACUAUUUGUGGUACCUUACCAAUGUGAAUAUAGCAUCAGAUGAAGAGUUUUUGAAGACCGGAAAAGAUCCUGUUAUCACUAUAGCGUCUGCAGGACAUGCUUUGCAAGUUUUCAUCAAUGGACAACCAUCAGGAGUUGCCUAUGGAAGGUUAAAGAAGACAAGUCUGACAUUUACUGGCGAUGUGAAGUUAACGGCUGGCACUAAUACGAUCUCUUUACUAAGCUCAUGUGCAGGUCUUCCGAAUGUUGACCUGCAUUAUGAGAGAUGGAAUGCAGGAGUCCUUGGUCCAAUAACCUUAAGUGGUCUCAAUGAGGGAACCCGUGACUUAACAAAGCAGACAUGGUCAUACAAGGUUGGCUUAAAAGGCGAAACUCUAAAUCUUCACACAAUUGAUAGAAGUUCCUCUGUCAGCUGGUUGGAAGGUUCCUCAGUUGCUCAGAAGCAACCCCUGUCAUGGUACAAGGCUACUUUCGACAAUCCUCAAGAACCAGGCCCAUACGCUUUAGAUAUGAGUGGCAUGGGAAAAGGUCAAAUAUGGGUAAAUGGUGAAAGCAUUGGACGCCAUUGGCCUGGAUACAUUGCACGUGAUCAUAACUGUGGCGCGUGUAAUUAUGUUGGAUCCUACAAUCAGAAUAAAUGCCUAACCGGUUGUGGAGAACCCUCUCAGAAAUGGUAUCAUAUUCCUCAAUCAUGGCUCAAACCUACUGGGAAUCAGUUGACUAUAUUUGAAGAAUGGGGAGGUGAUCCGAGUAAGAUUUCUUUGGUUAGACGAGCAUUGAGAAGAAAUUGAAGCUGCUGCAGACUAAAAAAGAAAGUAAGUUGAAAGAUUAAACAGAUAAUGUUCAGUUCAUAUUACUUGAUUAUAGCUCAAAGGUAAACACAAAACUAUCUCCUGUUAGUCUAAAGAAGCUGUAUAUCCAAGUCCUUGUGGUGAGAUUGUAUGGAAUAUCUUCCAGAAAAGCCAAUAUAAAUUCAAAAGAUUUUUAUCAGCUA